GCGAACUAGCACCUCCAAACUGCCCAGUUUGGUUAAGUGCAGGCAUGAGCCGCCCGCUUGGCUUCCGUGACGAUCUACGAGUAAGGUACAUUUCUUUUCUCCUUUUCGUUCACACCUUAACUCAGAAUACCCAGGCGACCAAGCAGCAACAUGGAGUCUCUCGCCACUUUCCUCCCCGCCGCUGAAGGCGUUCUGCCCUAUUACAUGAUCCUUCUAGGGUCCAUCUCCAUUGGGAAUUCAAUCCAGGCGUUUACGACACUUCACUUCUCCCGGCGCGUUUACAAUGGCCGAUUCAUCAGGAACACCAAUCUUCCGGUGACUUCUUCAACCUACAACCCCGAAGACUCCACCAACAAGCUUGUUCCUGACCACAAAAAUUCCAAAGCGAACGACCAGCUAACGCCCCUUGCUGGCCGCCUCUUUGGGAUCUGGACACUCCUCACCAGUGUGAUCAGGGUCUACGCAGCCUACAACCUGCACAACGGACCCAUCUACAAUAUCGCUAUGUCAACAUACGUCGUCGCGUUGCUUCACUUCUCCAGCGAGAUGUUUAUCUACAAGACUAUGACCUUUGGUCUGCCGCAGUUCUUCCCAUUUUUCUUUGCGACUCUGGGCUGCAUCUGGAUGCCCAUGGUCAGGGACUCUUAUGUUCAGUUCAAUUAGUAUAGAUAAGGGAAAAAGAAU